AUGUCCUCCCCCCCACCCAAACCCUUCCACAUCGCCAUCAUAGGCGGCGGUCUGGGUGGAAUCUCCCUGGGAAUCGCCCUCUCACGCCGCAUCAACAAGAACAAAAGCACAAACAAAAAUCUCCCCUUCACAUUCACCCUCUACGAAUCCCGAUCCUCCUUUACCGAAAUUGGCGCAGGAAUCAAUCUCGGUCCUCAAGCAGUUCGUACUUUUCGCUAUAUUGACCCUCUUCUCGGCGAGAAAGUUUAUGCAUUGACGACGAGGAAUCCGUCGCCGAAUGAGGAGGUCUGGGUGGAUUUGAGGUGGGGUGGUAGUGAUGAAAUUAGUAAUACUACUACUACUACUACUGCGGGGGAUGGGGAAGGAGGAAAAGGGAAUGAAAGAGUAGAUGGAGAAGUAUUUCAUCGAAUUCUCGCACCUCCAACGGGGAAUAUGACGGUUCAUCGAAGAGAAAUUUUGGGACUUUUGGCGGAGGAAAUGGGUGGGGAGAAUGUGAAAUUUGGGAAGAAAUUGGAAAAGUGGGAGCAACAAGGUACUGCGGAAGAUGAUGUGGUGUUGAAAUUCGCGGAUGGGACAGAGGAACGAGCGAGUGUGGUGGUGGGUUGUGAUGGGAUUCAUUCGAAUGUGCGAGCUUGUAUGUUUAGUGGUGAUGAUGGGAAGAAGUUGAGUAAAGCAGUGUUUAGCCAAAGUGGAUGUUAUCGAGCUGUGGUUCCGAUGGAGAAGGCGAUUGAGAAGGUCGGAGAGGAGGCGAGAUUGAGUACGAUUAUGUUGACGCCGGGGGGAUAUAUGAUUACUUAUCCGAUCUCCCACGGCACCCAACUCAACUGCGCCGCCCUCCUCCCUCGCCGCGAAACCCCCACCUGGCCACACACCGAAUGGAUCAUCCCCCAUCAAGGCGCAGCCUUCCAUCAAGACUGUUCCAACUGGGGUCCUCGCGCCCAAAAACUUCUCUCACUUUUCGAUCCGGAUCCAGAUUUUUGGGCGACUUUUCAGCAUCAUCUUCCUUAUCCUCCUCCUCCUCCUCCUUCUUCUCACCCUGAAGAUCCCGAUGGACAUGUACAAUCAUCAUCAUCAUCAUCAUCGCAAAUUGUAGACGGCCGAGUAAUUCUAAUCGGAGACGCAGCCCAUUCCAUGCCCCCACAUCAAGGCGCAGGCGCAAGUCAAGCAUUAGAAGACGCAUUUGUGCUCGCAGAAGUACUAGAAGAAGUCAUUCAAAUUGCGAGUACAAGUGAUAAAAACCCACAUCACAUUCCAUUCAAUCACGUUGAAGCUGCAUUGCGAGCUGUAGAAGAAAUCCGUACGCCGAGGUUUACGACUGUGCAUCGCUACUCGACCGAGGCUGCAGAGAGGUUUUUUUAUAUGUGGGAGAAGAAGUUGGAGGGAGAGGCGUUGCGGGAGUGGAUUGAUGAGACGGAGAGACGGCUGAGGUGGAUUUGGGAGGGGGAUAUGGCUGUUGAUGCUGCUAGGGCGAAAGAGUUGUUGAGAGAGGAAUUGGGGAAGAUGGAACAGCAGCGUGGUGAGUAG